AUGCCUCCCAAGUCUACCGUCGCGUCCAAGGCUCCCGCUUCGCAGGCCUCCAAGGCCCCAGCUGCCGCGUCCAAGGCGCCCGCCAAGGCCGCAAAGACGUCGUCGACCGCCAAGGAGGGCGGCAAGAAGCGCACCAAGAAGCGUGUCGAGUCGUACUCGUCGUACAUCUACCGCGUCCUCAAGCAGGUCCACCCCGACACCGGUAUCUCCAACAAGGCCAUGGCCAUUCUCAACUCGUUCGUCGCCGACAUCUUUGAGCGCAUUGCCACCGAGGCGUCCAAGCUCGCAUCGUACAACCACCGCUCGACCAUUUCGUCGCGUGAGAUUCAGACGGCCGUCCGCCUCAUCCUUCCCGGAGAGCUCUCGAAGCACGCUAUCUCGGAAGGCACCAAGGCCGUCACCAAGUUCUCGUCGUCCAAGUAA